UAGAAUUUUGGGACCGCUGUUUUUCCUCACAAAGAAAGUUAGCAGUUGGGGGAGGGGGGGAAGGAAAAGUGUGUGACGAAAAACAGGCGCCCAUUUUCCGGCCAAUCAAAGUGUGCCCGGGGAAAUGAAUGGUUUUCCGCGCGGGAGAAAGCAACACCGAUUUGAGGAGGAAGAAGAAGACGAAGAACAAGUAGGCGGCGAAUAAGACGCAGAAAAAGAGUAAAAAUUGAGCGCGAUCCCGAGCAGAAGAGAAUUUUCAGGAAUUUGUUGUGGCCAAAAUUGUAACUAGAUUCCAAUUGGAAAAAAAGUUGAAAUUGCGUGAAAACAUCCAACCAAACUUGGUGAAAAGGUGGUCGUGAUAGUGUUUGUGAGCCGACGACGACGACGCAAAGUUGAGGUGGAGAAAAAGUGUGACACAUCGAAAAUCAUAAGAAACAACAUAAGAGAAGAGAAGCAGACAUCGAAACCUGAUCAAAAGGAAGCAGCGGGAAUACAGCUAAUAAGUUCCUCGCGUUUGAAUCACAGCCAACACAGCGAGUAGUUGCGUACGACGUACUCGCUCGAAAGGAUGCCGGGCGAGUCGAAAGCGGCUGCCCCUGCGGCGGAACCGGCGGCGCCAGCCACACCCAAGAAGAAGCCGGCCUCCUCCUCCGGGAAGGCGGCCCUCGCCAAAGUCACAGUCCUCGACGGGUCGAUACUGGAGGUGACGAUUGAUCGCAAAGCCCGAGGACGAGAUCUGCUAAACUCCGUCUGUGCCGGACUAAACAUCCUCGAGAAGGACUACUUCGGCUUGACCUACGUAACGGCCGUCGAUCCCCGCGUAUGGCUCGAGCUGGAGCGACCCAUCGCCAAAUUCUUCCGCUCCGAACCGUGGGAGAUGAACUUCGAGGUCAAGUUCUACCCGCCAGAGCCGGCCCAGCUCCAGGAGGACAUCACCCGGUACCACCUGUGCCUCCAGGUCCGCAACGACAUCCUCGAGGGACGGCUACCGUGCUCGUUCGUGACGCACGCCCUACUCGGCUCGUACCUCGUCCAGUCCGAGCUGGGUGAUUACGACGCCGACGAGAUGAAGGACCGCACCUACCUGAAGGAGUUCAAAAUCGCACCCAACCAGACGCCCGAACUGCUCGACAAGGUGAUGGACCUGCACAAAACACACAAGAGUCAAACGCCGGCCGAGGCCGAACUGCACUACCUGGAGAACGCCAAGAAGCUGGCCAUGUACGGCGUCGAUCUGCACCCGGCCAAGGACUCCGAGGGCGUGGACAUCAUGCUGGGCGUUUGCGCGUCCGGACUGCUGGUCUACAGAGAUAAACUCCGAAUCAACCGCUUCGCGUGGCCCAAGAUUCUGAAAAUCUCGUACAAGCGAAACAACUUCUACAUCAAGAUCCGGCCGGGCGAGUUCGAGCAGUACGAGUCCACGAUCGGCUUCAAGCUGGAGAACCACCGCGCCGCCAAGAAGCUGUGGAAGGCGUGCGUCGAGCAUCACACCUUCUUCCGGCUGAUGACGCCGGAACCGACCAACAAGAGUGGCCUCUUCCCCCGGCUCGGGUCCAAGUUCCGCUACUCGGGCCGUACGCACUACGAGACGCGGAAGACGCCGGUGGACCGACCGGCGCCAGAUUUCAAGCGUAGCCUCACCGGAAAGCGAUUGUCUAGCCGGAGCAUGGACGCCCUCGGUCACCAGGAGAAGGAAAAGGCCGCCCUGAAGGAUCCGAACAAGGACGCCAACAAGCGGCACACGAUGUCCCAUCCGCCGGAUCACAUUCCGGACUUGGAAUCGCCAACGCGUGGCUCGCGGAGUCCGAUCAAGAAGGACAAAAAGGAACGCCUGAAGCGCGAGUCUAGUACCGGAACUGCUUCAGCGUCGUCACAGAGCUCACUCGAGGGUGAUUACGAUAUCGCCGCGUCCUCGUCGAACGCUGUCCAGAAACCGGUUGGCGGAGUGGCGGUCCUACCCGUUGUCGGCAAAAAGGACAAGGAGAAGGAAGUUAAGGAAGUCUCGCCCGUCAAGGAGGAAGCCGUCAACGGAAACAAUGGCAACCAGGAAGCACUCAACUCAUCUACCGAAGAAGCAACGUCUCCUUCCGGAAAGCGAAAGGGCGGCUUCCUGUCCUUCCCGUCCGGGCGCAGCAAGGACAAGAAGACUCCGGUGGCCGCCGCCACCACCAACGGUGACGGUGGCGCCAAGAAGGACGCGUCGUCCCCAGUGAAGGAACAAACGCAGGCCCAGGGCCAGAAAGACGGCGGUAAACCCGGCUUCACCAAACCGUACGAGUACUCCGAGAGCGACCCGAACACUAGUCCCAACAAGAAGAACGUCAAAACGCGCGGCUUCCGGUACGACGAAGAUCCGUCGUCGGGCACGGGUGGCCAGAACAAGGAGGACGCCCAGCUGAGUCCGAACUCGCAGAGCCGACGCGCGACCGGGCUGGCCUUCAACUACGCUCCCGGAGAGGACGCGAACGUGCGCGAAUCGGUCGAGAAGCGCAAGGUUCCGGGAACGCCGGAAGCGGCGGUUAAAGCGGCGGAGAAGCUCUCGCCGACGAGUGCCGGUCGUGGGCUGGCCGGGGAGGGGGAUGCCGAGAAGGGGGUGAGGACAAGCGCGCGAUCGUACUCGCCGAACAAAGGACGCGGGGUUGACGGGGCGCUGUCCGGGGCUGGAUCGUUCCGUCCGUUGGACGACGGUGCGGAUCCGAACAAGUCGUUCAUUGCGGGUGAGCAGCAGGGAGGGAUUGUUCCGGUUGUCGCUGGGCCUCCGGAGCCGGUCAAGAAGAAGGUCAAGAUCAUGGUCAUUAUUUCACGGUUCGAUCCGAAGACGAAGAAAGUGGAUACGGCGAACGGAGUUGUGGAGCACUCGACCGGAGUGUUGGACACGAAGAGCGGUCAGAUUGAGAGCAAGUACGGAGUUAUUGAUCCGAAGGCGGGAACCGUUGUGAACUUUAACCAGCGAACUGGCCAGAACGAGACCUUCCAGGGUCAGACGGAUCCGAAGACGGGUCAAAUUCACAUCGUGACUGGAGUGGUUGAUCCGAACACUGGCAAGAUCGAUGACAAUCUUGGACAGGCCAUUAUCGUUGUUCCGGAUGAUGAUUCGAUUGUGGAGAUCACUACGAUCACGAGCAAGGUUGACCCUGCUACUGGGAAGAUAGACACGACGAAUGGGGAGGUUGAGCGAACGCGUGGUAUUUUGAACAGCAAGACCGGUUUUAUUGCGACCAAGUAUGGUGAGAUCAACCCGAAGACAGGGGAGUUGAGAGCGGUUGAUCCUAAGACUGGAAAGAUCGUUGUUAGAACGAUCACGGUUGACAAGGAUAACGGACAGGUUACGAUCGUUGGAGUUACCGACCCGAAGACCAACAAGGUUGACAAUGGUCAAGGUCACUUGAUCGCGAUCGGUAACCAGGUUGAUCCGGUUGUUGAGGUUACCUCGGUUUUGGGUAAGCUGGAUAAGAAGGGUAUCGUUGACCCGAAGACGAUCACGUACGAUAAGAGCACCGGUCAGUUGGAUACCAAGGACGGUAAGAUCAACACCAAGUACGGUCAGUUUGAUUUGGUGAAGUCGACGCUGACUUCGGUUGACCCGAAGACGGGCAAAACUGAGACGAAGGAAGUGAAGAUCGACCCUGUGACGGGUCAGGUCGUGUUGAAGAAUCAGGUCAAUCCGAAGACCGGCAAGCCGGACAAGGAUUAUGGAAGAAUUGUUUCGAUUAGAAUUGUUCACAACCGUAUUGACCCGGCUAGUGGAAAGCAUGUUUCCAGCGUUGAAGAUAAGGACAUUAAGGUUGAUCCGAAGACCAACCAGAUUUGGGUUCCGGAGGGUAAGGAUAAGAGCACUGGCGAGACGAUCUACAGCUCGAGCCAGGUAGAUCCGAAGACCGGCUACGUGAUCACCAUUUACGGUUAUCUGAACCCCAAGACGAAUGAAAUCGAGAAGCAAACCAAGCUGGAUCCGAACUUGACCAAGGUUGAUCCUACAACCGGACAGAUCUACGCCGCCACGGGACAGGUUGAUGAAGCAACUGGCGAGCCACUGUUUGCCGCUUCGCAGGUCAACGCUGAAACCGGGGAGAUUUACACCAAGAUCGGCAAGGUAGAUCCCAAAUCGGGCAAGUUGGUGAUCAUCAAGAUCUUCAUCCUGACCAAGAAGGACGAGCGAGGAAAACCGGAGGAGGUCGAUGUGAACGGAGUUGACUUUGACCCGAUCACAGGAAAGAUCAACAAUAUCGCGACCAAGACGGUGUACGUGUACAAGAUGCGCGAUCCGAUCACCGGAGAAACCUACGCGGUUGAUCCGAACGACCCCAGCAUCGCUGGAGCCCGAACGACUGUAACGCAAACGAUGACUCUCAGCGGAGAAAUUGACCCCGCCACCGGUCGCAUCAAGUCCGAGUGGGGCCACAUCGACCCGAACACCGGAGACAUCGACCCGGCCACCGCCAUCCGCGAUCCCGUCACCGGCAAGCUGAUCCUCAACUACGCCGACAUCGAACCGAGCCACUUUGGCAAGAACGUCACCGUCACGAAGGAAACGGUCCCCAUCACGCGGGAACAGUUCUACGAAGGCAUCAAACAUCUCGGCGGCAAGAAGGCCGUCCGGCGGGACUCGGAAAGCUCCGACGAUGACAUGGCCGAGUACGGCAGCGAAAGUAUUAAGGAGAUGAGCUCGGGAACGCCCCGGAAUGCAGCGGCGGCUGCAGCCGCGGGUGGCAAGUACGGCGGAACGCCAACCGUGGUGAAAACGACAACGAAACAGGUUAUCACGAAGAACGAAGACGGCGUCACGCACAACGUCGAGGAGGAGGUGCAGAAUCUGGGCACGGGACAGAUCGUGUACUCCACGCAGGAGCACAAGGCGGACGCCCCGAGCGAUAGUCACGGUAAAUUCCUAACGGCGACGGCGGUGACCACGCGGACGGCCACAACGCACGAAGAUCUGGGCACGAACGCCAAGACGCAACAGCUGGAGGAGAAGACGGUCGCGACCACGACGACGCAGCACGGCGAACGCCAGGAACAGCGGGUCAUUACGCAGGAGGUCAAGACGACCGCGACCGUCACCAGUGGAGAUCAGUAUGCUCGCCGCGAAAGCAUUUCAUCGACGAGUUCCGGCGAUUCCGGAACGCCCAUCGAUGGACCGUACGGCGAGGAGGACGACUCGACGGUCAUCUACAACAAGAGCUACACGGGUGUGGACGACGUUGCGGGCGCCUCAAAGAUCCCAACCGGACCGAACGUGGAGCACCACCGAGUUCUGCUGGACGACAGCCAGAGUGGCGUCACGGCCGAAGGCGAAAUCGUGUCCUCCCAGACGGUCUCCAGCAAGACGCGAACGGUGGAAACCAUUACCUACAAAACGGAACGCGACGGCGUGGUGGAAACGCGGGUUGAACAGAAGAUCACCAUUCAAUCGGACGGCGAUCCCAUCGACCACGACAAGGCCCUGGCCGAGGCCAUUCAGGCCUCGAGACGGUUCCGCACGGAUCCGGAGGAACGAAUGCGCCAGCUUAGCAAUGCCAUGUUCGAGCGGAAGUAUAACUUUCCCAAGUUUUGAGAGCAGGUGGCGUGGUUUUGAGGAAGCAACCGCCAUGAAUCCCGACAUGACCGUGGAGAAGAUCGAAAUCCAGCAGCAAACACAGUAAGGCAUCUCUUCUCUCUCUCUCUCGCAUUGAGGCGAGUAAGUGACAGCAAGCGAGCAUGCUUCUCUCACGCUGCGUGUUUAUCUGUGUACGUAUGUGUGUGUGCGCGCGCGCUUAUAUCAGCUGAAAAUGAGCAAACAUGAUGGUUUCCACUCACAACAAUAGAAUGAGAGAAAUAUCACAAGCGCAGUGCAAAAUCGUCAUCAUCACAGUAUCUUUUAGGUUGCGAAUUAUGUUUUUUUUUUUUGUUCUCUUUGUAAGAAUUGGUAAGAGUUGAACAGUUGGACGCAAAAUUCAGUCACAUCACCGUUUAAGAUGUAUGAGGACAGUUGAUAGUUUAAGCAUUUUCUAAUUUUAUUACAAAAUAUAACAAGAUAACAAAAAAAAACAACAAACAUACAAACAAAGGGACAAAUAUUGAGAGCAACACUGAUGAAAAGGAUAACAAUCAAAUCGCUUUAGGUCUGAAUGUGUUGUUUGCUGUGCAUAAUGAUUAAAACGCAAGAAAAUUAAAAGUUGUUGAACAAUAUUUAACAAUAUUUACACGCAAAAGAAGGUGAGAUGCAGGAGAAGAGCUUUUAUUGAUUGAUGAGAUAAAGUAAAGAAGAAACCCUAUUUAAACGUGAGCGAAGUCGAAUAUUUGCUUUCAAUGUUUCAUGUUUGCGCAAGCCGAGAGCAGCCGGAAUCGUAUAUUAUAUUACACAAACAAAAAGUCUAUAAACUAUCUUUUCAUAAAGAAGGAAAACUAAAAAAUAUUGAACAAGAAAUUUACAGUAUCAAAGCGACGCUGAAAGAGAGAACCAAAUGAACUUUUUCGUGCUCCUAUCUGUAGACAAAACUUUGCAAAACUA